AUGGCAGACCCCGGAGAUCCAGGAAAAACGCCGAAUACCGAAGAGGGGGGAAAUGUUGCAGCAACCGCUGUCUAUAUGCCCUACUUCAGCUUCUCGACGUCUGAUCCCAGCCAAGACAGUUCUGGGGUAAAGGGUACAAAUAUGACAAAGGAGCCGCGAUUGAAAACUAGUGCAAGAUCAUUAGAAGAGGCAUACGGAGAGUCACUCCAUGGAUCACCAACCCUUGAUGAGUGGUACUAUCAUUUCGGAGAGGAUGAAGGAUCUAAAAGAGAUCGCAAUAAUCGUAAUGAAACGCAAGUGGUUUCAAAGUAUCUUGAGACCAUCAACACUGAGGAUCAUGGAGAAGGGCAAGGGAGCAUUUCAAUCUACGAUUGGGAUAAGAAACCUGCUCGAAGCUCUACAGUUUUACGGGUCAACCAGCUAUGGAUUUGGACCAUCGCAGACAAAUGGCUUAUAACGGCAACAUCUCAUCAACCUGAACCAAACUCUUCUACUCUAGAAGAGGAUAUUCUCAAGCAGUUUCGUCAACAAGGACAAUCCGCUGGGAUAUCCAUUGGCCAGGCAUUUUCUCAUCUUUUGAAUCGUAUUGGUAGAGAUGAAUCAGCAAUCUUUGAAGAUUUUCGAAGACGAACUGCAAGUUGGCAACGCCGUACAAAUGAUAACAGACCGGAAAGGCGAAAGGAUGUUGGCUCAUCGGAUACGAACAAAGCUACCACUGGUUUCCUCUCUCUCCAUGAAUCUAAGAUGUCGCCAAAUGAAGAGAUAAGGGAUGCAAUUAGAAAAACAGAAAGUCUGUUCUGUCACAUCAAGGACGUCCGUGAUGAGCUCAACAUACUUCGAUCUGCCGCUCGAUACCAAGAGAACGUUGAGAAAGGGCUGAUACUGGGAGAAACUCAGACUUCGGAGCUCUUAUCAAAAAGCGUUCUUAACGACAUCAGAGAAAUGGAAGUCGUUGCGGAGAGGAUACAAUUGGCUGUAAACACAACGCUAUCGCUACAGCAGAGUGAAAUUGUGAAUUAUCAAGCUACGCUAGCCACUUCGCAAGGGAAGACUGUCAUGGCCUUUACAUUCGCUACUGUCCUUUUUCUUCCACUAUCGUUUCUUUCAUCCCUGUUCGCGAUGGACGUGGCGUCUUUUCAGCAAGCUCCUGCCUGGGCCUUUUACGUUAUUUUCUUUGUCUCACUUGCAGUGUCUGUAUUCCUUGUUUUCAUUGCACUUCAUUGGGAUUUCAUCAUUUCAAGUAUUGCCCGCAGCCUACUUGGUAUCGUUGAGUCUAUUGGCUCGACUUCAUCUCCCCGCUCGACUGAAGGGAUCUCUGGAGAUGCUGGGGCGAGAGGGCCUAUUGGAGGGUCUCACAAACACGAUGAUAUCAGUCCUGUUAUCAGUCCCACUAACUCUGUCAGCAUUGUUGCUGUUCCUGGUCUUGGUCCUCCCACGGAAGGUGAGGCGAAACACGCAUUCGACACGUGGAGAACUCCAUCGGGCCAGAAGGGACGUUCGUGGCUGCAGCAAGAUGUUCCAGACCAUAUUCCUUAUUCUCGAAUCUUUUUGUAUCAGUACAACACGACUGCGGCAUAUGGUGGAGGCCUCGAUGGCUUUCGUAGCAAGGCGGAUAACCUACUUGAAGCUAUUAAUAUUGAGAGAAGAGAUUGUCUUAACAGACCAAUCUUGCUACUUGGUCAUAGCAUCGGGGGCUUGCUGAUCAAGCAAGCCCUGAUUAACGCCCACAGUAAUCGAGGCUACAGUGCCAUAAAGGAAGCUACCACUGGCAUAGUCUUUUUUGGAACACCGCAUGAGAUCGUCACUCAGAAACUUGGUGAAAUAGGCGCGGCCAUUGCCAGAGAACUGGGGCAUGAGACCGGAGGUGAUCUAGCUGUGUCACUGCAGACUGGCAGCGCCUUUUCCGAGCUCGAAUCAUGGAAGCAUCAGGCGCUUGAGUAUUACACUGUCUCCUCUUGGGGGUCAGCCGAUACCAUGGUCUCUCGCAACUCCGUUAACCAUGGAUUACCUGGCGAUAUUGCGAAGAUUGUUGAAUUAGACGCCAACCACAGAGGGAUCUGCAAGUUUGGCAACUCCGAUAAAGACCGGUACAACUUCAAGAUCGUGGUUGAGAAUAUCAAGCACCUCUGCGAAUUAGCGAUCGAGAAGACCGAGUCGCAAUACGAUGGGUACCCAGAUACAUCCGGUGUUGAGACCCCCAGGACUUCAGGUUAUGGCCAUGAUGAACAUGAUGACAUAUUGGAGGAGACUCAUCGCGUCGCAUUGAGUACGACUAAUGAUACGGAGCGGCUGGUCAUGACACCCAGCGAAGAGAGCCAACUCCAAGACUAUGAAGCAGUUGCUCAAGACUCUGUGAGGAUGUCUUUCGACCACUCUGCUGCUAAAGACGUAUCGAAUCCUCCAGUAUCAGACAUGCGAGACCCCGGAAUUGCAGAAAUUGAGGGAAUGCUGUCAGAGGCUCAAGACAAGCUGUAUUCAAGAAUACCCUUCGAGUUGCUCAAUCUAUGUAGCGGGGACGCUGGGAAGCAGGAAAAGCUUGACAUAAUUUGCAACCUUCCUGGUGUCGUGGCUAUAAGUACAUUAAUCAUAUACGUCGAGAGGAGCCCUGAUGCGCAGCGUAUACAUCAUGUACUCGCAACUCAAGGCUACGCAGUAGCGAACUUAUUCGAUGCCGCUGACAGUGUCGAGAUGGAAGAGAUAUUGGACAAGUUCAAGGCUGGGCAGGCCAAAGUUCUUAUCACAAAGGACUGCAAGACCCGGGGCCUGGAUCUUCCUUCUAGCUCCAUGGUCAUCAACUACGAUAUGCCGGAUGAUGACGGCUGUCGGUAUCUUCGGCAGGUCAGUCGCGCAGGCAAAGCCGGUCGCUUGGGCUUUGCAGUGAACUUGAUAAGCGACGAGAAGGAGAUGGAGGAUCUUCAGUCAAUCGCGACAUCUGGAUGCUUCGAUCUGCGUGAACUUCCAACGGGCGACUGGGAUGCAGUUGAGAAUUUCUUGAGAGGCUCAUUGAAGCAUGCAGUGGGUCUCGGGAGCCAGCCCAAUGUCGUCCCUGUAACUGAACCCGUUGUCGAUGGACCACGUCGUCCUGUCGAGGUUGGAUGGCAUCCUGUCGGCGGAUUUGCCGGAAAGUGGUUUGCGGAGGAGACAGGACUGGGAAAGAUGAUCACGGAGAAGAUCAACAAGUAUCCUGAUCCGACGCAGCAUUGGGCUGUUCUCGUUGGUGACUAUGCUCAUCAACUAUGGAUGGAUGAGAACUUUGAUGUUAUCUAUACGAAUGCAAAGAUUGAGCGAGACGAGUGGCGGACAUUCCCGGUUGGAGAGACGCGUUUUAAUGAUGAUGCGUUAAGGCGAGCUGGCGAAUCAGUGAUCCAAAGCAUCAGGGAGAGACAGCCCACCUACAACCUCAUAACCAACAAUUGCCAGACGUACGUCCUCCAACUCCUCGACGCCAUUAAGGUUGGCGUGAAUAAAGAGUUCGGCACUACCCUGGCUGUCUACGAGAGAGUCUUUGGACCUGGCAAGAUCAAGGAUCUCUUCGAAGCCGAGGAGAAGCCAGAGGAUCAGCAACAGCACCAGAUUGAGCAGGGAGGAGAGCCUGGAGCCGAUGCAGGAACGCAACAACCGAUGCAUCCGGGCAGAUCGGAUACAGUCAACCUUGCACAGGAUGUCAUGAACCAGAAUACCAAUCAGCUUGAUACCGAAAGGGAGAUGGAGAGGCAUGAGGGUGAGAAGGACGAGAAGGAGAAGAAGAAGAAAGGGUUCUUCUCGCGGUUUAAACGAAGCAAUAGUUAG